UAGCUCGAUCACACCCCGAGGCCUUCAGACACUUUAUGCGUCUAUAAAAAGAGCUUUCCUCCUCGAAGGAAGCAACAGAAGAUCCGCUCCUACUGAGUGCCUCAUCACAGAGCAGAGAGAAAGCAGAAGAGGAGGAGAGACUGUUAGGAGUUGCCACUCUGGAAGAUUUGUGGUGAAACGGAGAGUUAAAAAAAUAGAAUAGAGGAGAAGGACAUUUUUGGAAAAGGCUGAAGAUGGUGUAUCUGUGCUGGUUGUUAGUGGUGAUGAUGGCAUAUGUGUGCGUCCCCGGGUUCGGGUCGGUGUGCUGGGACAGCUCCAUCUGCAACGACCUGAGUACCAAAGAAAGGAUACUGGACUGUAUCGACCUCUGCGUGUCUGUGAUCCAAACUGAAUUCCCACAGCUCAGUGCGUUGGCCCUGAAGUUUAAUGAUGAUGACCUCUUACUCAGCAUCAUUAUGGCCACCCUGGUUUCUGAAGACAAGUUAUCAGAGGCAGAUCUGAAAGCUCACAGUGACCUGCGACGCUCCUAUUCAAUGGAACAUUUCCGCUGGGGCAAACCAUCUGGUCGUAAACGCCGACCGAUAAAAGUUUUCGCCUCUUCUCUGGAGGGAGGGGGCUCCUCGGAGGGCACUUUCCUCCCUCAGUCUCGCAGACAGCUGAGCAGUUAUGAGGACGAAGUAAAGGAAGAGGCGGAUGGAGGAAGUAAAAACCAGGGAUUGCAGAGCGCCAGGGUCAGCUCAAAGUCACAUGUCACACAGGAGAGAAAAGAUGGGACGUAUCGGAUGAGUCACUUCAGAUGGGGGCGCCCACCUGCCUCAAAACGUAAUGGUAGAUUUUUGAAGCCAUGGAAGGUGAAAUCUCAGGGGAAGAUGUCCAGUUCUCCAGUCACAUUAUAGUCACAGAUGUGCAGAUGGUAAUGGGCUGAAUGGAGGAGAAGGAAUGGCCGGCUAGUUAAAAGAAUCUAAUAGCCAUUGCAUGUUAGUACCUGCAGGUCUAAAUUUUAAAUUACUGAAACUUGUCACUAUAAUUAGCAUGUUCAAUAUCUUUUCUGAGCCAACAAUGUGUCUGUUAUUGAAACCUUAAGGAUAGAAACAACAUGUUUUUCUGUUAAAUAAAAACAGUGCACCCACAGAUUGCCUUGACCUCCUUGGUCUGAAUUGAAAGCUUUCUUAGGAAUGUUUUUUUUUCUUUUUUUCUCAUAUGUAACGUAAAUUGAUCCAUAUGUUUUGAUAAACAGAGAAUGCCAUUUCAAGGCCAGAGGUGGGUGUGAAUGAAAGUAUUUUGAAAUCGAUUCAGUUUAUUUACAGUGUGGUUUCUUUUUGUAAAUUAAUAUAAUAUUAAAGAUCAUUUUUGUUUGUCGCAAAAA